AUUCAUAACGAUGAAAAAUAUAAAUGUGAACAAUGUGAACAAGAGUUUACAAAUAAAUACGUAUUAGAGAAACAUAUCAAACGUAAACAUGGUAAUCUUGACGAUACCGAAUUAAAUCCAUAUUUAUGUAGUAUUUGUGGUAAACGUAGUGAGAAUAUGGCGAAUCUAAAUCGACAUUAUUUAACACAUUCGGAUGUUAAAACAUAUAAAUGUCCGAUCUGUGAGAAACUAUUUAAAACGAAUGAUUUACGUAAUUCACAUAUAAAAUAUACACAUAAUAAUGAACGACAUUUUAAAUGUACAGAGUGUUCAAAAAGUUUUCAAACACGAUCUGUUUUAAAGAAACAUAUACGUACACAUACGGGUGAACGACCGUAUGAGUGUGAACUAUGUGGUAAAGCGUUCCAACAGAGGAGCACUUUAAAAACGCAUAUGAAAGUACAUGGUUAUUUAGUUGAUAAAACUUUGAAUACCAGUACUGUUAGUACCGCUGCCACGGCGAAUACAAAACUGAUUAUAAAGACUGAACAUCAAUAGACGAACUUAGGUUAGGUUUAGGUUAGACUGGCUAUUCUGAAGUGGGACACACUAAGACAGACCAAAAGAUUUGGUUUUAAGCGCAUUGGGAACUGUUUAAGAUCAGAGAAGUCGUCGAAGAAAUAUUGGCUCAAGUGAAUUUAUCUCCCCAUGGCCAGAACUUACUGUCCUGGAGUAGGACCCACUUAGACAGACCGUUGAUUGAAUAGCACGAUUGAUUCGACGCCUUAGGACUUAAGGUCGGAGAGACCGUUAAAGAAAGGCUGACUCAAGUGAAUCCACCUCCUCAAGGUAAGAGAUGGGCAGUGAUAGAAAAGAUGAGACAUCAUUUCUUCCUUUUUCCUAAUAUUAGAGAUCUUGCUCUUAAUAAAAUUAUUAAUAAUUCUCGAGGUGUAAGUAUGUUGUAUGUUUUUUCGAAUAAAAUUUUUAAUAUUACAAUUUUAUUUCGCGUAUUGUGGUAUUUUUUUGGGUUAUAUUUUCCCUGAAGAUAUGUCCAGAUUUGUAACCCGAAAGGUUGCAGUGUGGUACAUAUCAGCAUUUUCUCAGAUAGUUUGGCCGCACUUUGGACGCUUGAGGUGGCCAGAUUCCAAUCGAGGAUAAUCUAUGUAUGCUUCGAGGAACUGAAUAACUUAGUCAGACUAGUCUGAGUACCGGUGCAUAAUCGGUGUUAAAAAUGAAGCUGCGGGCUCGUUGGAACGAAAAGGUUCGUCUUAAACGCCUGUUUCACUUGAGUCUGCCAUUCCCAUAGCAAGGACACUUGACGAUGAUCAAUUGAAACUCCCUAGAACACAAUUGAGAAGGGUGGUGGAACUCUCGAUAGGACACUGAAAAAAGGAUAAAAAUCUCAUUUUAAACAGAGGAGGGGAGAAAUAUGACUUUAUUGAAGCAUUCUGCGGCUCACAAAAUCUUUUCAGUAUGAUUGUCAUUAGCUGAAUGAUAAUUUUUCUUUAAAAUUUGAUAUUAAAAUAGUGAUAGAUUA